AUGGCAACAGUGGCAGAUGGCUACAAUGCCACGCGGCUACCACUGCGAGAGACUCGCCCGGGGCGGCCACAGGUGCCAAGCAGACUGCCUGAUGAGCAUGUGAAUCGAAAGGAUAACACGCUGAACAUUGAGCACCUGAUGUCUGAAAAACGAUCAGGGCUUGAUUUUGGAGUGGUCAAUCCAAGAAGGACAGACAGCGACAAGCUGACAACCAACAGACUUGUAAAGGACCAGCGAAUCUUUUCCAACGGCAAUUCUUACGUAGGGACUUGGCUAAAUGGUAGAAUGCACGGCGAGGGGCACUACAUUUGGAGCGAUGGCAGUGAGUACUUCGGCGAGUUUCACGAGGGCUACAUGUGGGGCAAUGGAAAGAAGACGUGGCCCACUGGCCGUACCUACGAUGGGGAGUGGCGGAAGGACCAAAUGUGGGGUGAGGGCAAAAUGACUUGGCCCUCCGGGGAGGAGUACAUAGGCAGCCUGAAGAAGGGCGUUUUCCAUGGCAAGGGAACACGAACUUGGCCAAAUGGAGAUCGCUAUGCUGGAAGCUUCAAGCAUGAAAUGCAGGAUGGUGAGGGUACGUUCGAAAGUGCUGAAGAGGGCUGGGUUUACAGUGGCCAAUGGCUACAGAAUCGGAUGAAUGGCCGCGGUAAGGUGAAAUGGCCGAAUGGAAUCGAGUACGAUGGUGAGUGGAAGGAUGGCAUUCGAGAAGGGAAGGGCAAGCUUACCUGGGCAGACGGCUCCAGCUACAAAGGAGAAUUCCAGCACAAUUGCAUUGAGGGAAAGGGCAAGAAGACCCUCCCUGAUGGCUCUUGGUUUGAGGGGCAGUUCCAUGACAGUGAACUGGAAGGUCGUGGAACAUUUCACUGGCCCGACGGAACUGAGUUUGAAGGCCUCUGGCACAAUAGCGAAAUUGUCGGCCCUGGAUGUCACAGGUUUCCAAAUGGCACCAUGAUCACUGGCGUCUUUGAAAACCACGGGGCCACCGGAGAGGGCACAAAGAAGUGGGCCAAUGGUUCCAUGUACACAGGUACGGAGUUUUCCAGUGGCCAGAUGGAAGACGGUACAUUGGCCAGUUCCAGGCCAUUGAUGAAAGUCACAAGCAUGUCUUCAACCAUGUGCCCGGAGGAUGAGAUGAUGCACGGUGAAGGCAUGCUGUGCUGGUCUGACGACUUUGGAGUCUGCGGGUCUUUGUCGCUUCUAGAAAGCCGGACGUGCAACCUGGAAUGCACAGACCUCAGAGUUUGGAAUGCCGAUUUGCUGGAUUCCUUGGACCGCCGAAGUCGUGACGGAAAGGCGAAGCUUCGCAGUUCUCGUAGCGAGGCAAAGGCACAACUUUUGAAGUACCUGGGAUGCUUUACUGGCUCGGGAAAUGCUGCUGAUGUGCGGACACUCAUCUCUGAUUUGGAACAGCUGUCCACAGAGCUCCCGAGCUCUCUUGCUGGAGACUGGACGCUCAUAGGAGACACAGCAAGUUCACGCCCACCACUUCUGAUGCGAAGCUUCCAAGAAGGUGAACGCGUGCUGCGAUCAGUGUCAAUGAGCAUUUCGGAAGACAUGAUGGUGCGGAUCGAACUUCUGAUUGGAGCAUUUGGUCGAAGUGAAACACUGCCAUUUGAGGCUCAAUUGCAGAUUGACCGAGACAAUAAGCGCAAAGUAUCACUUGCAGAUGGUGCGAUGACGAUCACAUACUUAGAUGAUGAUUUCUUGAUUCUGCGGGACGACAGUGAUCCGUUCGUAUUUCUUGAAGGUCGUCUGCGAGAUUUCUACGUGAAGCGGGAGGUGUACUUGCGAUCUACACCAAAUGGUUCAAAGCCGCGCUUUUGGCGGAGCUACUUGGACUGGAGAGAAACUCUUCCGCAGGUACCUUUGUGGCUGCUCUCUGGGCUCCAAGCCUAUGGAGUGGCAUUGCUGUCCAGCAGUUCCCCAAGCCCAAGCUAUGGAAAGUUCACCUAUGUCCCCAAGGCUUCCAGAAUAAGCAUUUGCUUCGAGCCGGAAAUGACAAAGCCUUUGGUAUUGUGCCAAUUGGACAGCUUGAAUGAUCCCAGCUUGAUUUGGGCUUUACUUCAAUAUGUUCUUUGGGAAUAUAGACCUGCUCAAACAGAUCCUUCAGUGGAAAUGAGAGCAUCAAUGUAUACCAACAUGCUGUACAGCGCAUUUUUCUGGCCAGCAUCAUUCGUCGCUGCUUGCGCAGUUCUACGUGUCAUAAAGCGGAAAAGGGCAGGACGACAGUUGCACGUGGUUGAGCUGGCUUGUGGCACCGCUUUGCCUUCUUUGGCAGCCUUGGCCAGUGGCACCAGAGUUACCAGUACUGACAUCUCGUUGCUCUCGCUUCGCUUGGCUGAACAAUCAGCGCAUCAGCAGGGAGAGAUGGAGGAGGAUUUCUCGACAAGAGUUUUUGAUAUUAUCAACGAGCCUCCACAGAACCUUCUGGAUUUGAAUCCAGAUGUGGUAGUGGCCUCAGACCUUCUAUACAACGAACCCGUUGCAAAGGCUCUGGGGCAUCAGCUCGGAGUUGCUGCUGCAAAUGGAGCGACGGUCAUCACCACUGAUGCAGGUCGUUUGGAUGGGCAGGGGCAGAAGAUUUUCCUGGAAAGCUUCUGGGCAUCAUCUGGAGCUGCAGCCGAAACAGGAUUUGCCCAAUUUCAGAAGGAAGUUAUUCCUGAUCGGAUUUUGGACCUUGGAGUGAAUGCCAUGAAAUAUGGCGGACAAGUGGACCGUUCUGUGGGCGUUUUCGAGUUCGAAGCAGAAAAAUAG